UUGUAGUCUGUGCAUGAUAUACAAUCAUUAUCGGUUUAUCUUGGGAGAGACAACCCACUUAAGCAUAGAUUAAAUCAUUUUGCCUAUUCUUAUCCUUGUUUACAAACUCCUCUGAUGAAGCAUACAACUAAUCUGAGUGAAAGACUUUCUCUGAGUCAUACAACGUUGUCUAAAGAUGAUCGGGAAUUGUUUUCUGAACAUCGUUCACAGCAGUUACAACAACUGCAACUGGGAUAUUCCCGACCUAGAUCACCGACACCGAGUCAUAUAACUGCUUCUUCUUUGACAGCUGAUACUAAUCUCUCACAAAUACUAUACAAGUGUAAAAGUUAUAGCUAUAAUGAAGGAUUGAAUAAACAGUUAACAUCAAAUCAUCAUUUAUUAAACAAAAUAAAUGAUCGUCAUUAUCAUCAACUUCCUCCUUUACGUUGUUGUACAUCAUCUGAAUGUGGACAACACCAUGUGUCAACUAUUGUCUGUGAUGAUAAUGUUAAUGAAUUAGCAUUUCAUUUUGUGCAUGAAGUUGUUCUUAAAGCAGUACACCUAUUAAAUAAUGAACUAUUGAAAAAUACUAUUGAAUUAAAUUCUAAUAGUCAGCAUAACUCAUCAAUUCCAUCAUCAUCGACACCACUAAAACCGUCAUCAUCAUCACUAAUGACAACUGAAGGCGUAACACCGUCAUGGAUACAAUCUUUCAGUUCGGGAUUUGUAGCUUCCUCUCCAAACACAAAUGAUACUGUGAUGAAUCAAAUAUUCUCUGUUAGCCAUUCCACUUCUUCAUUAUCUUCAAUCGUCUCAAAAAAUAGUCAUCGUACUUCUGCUACUACUACUACUACCACUACUACUAACAAUACUGGUGCUAGUAGUACCCAACAUUUAGCCUAUAAACUUGUUAGUCAGUCUAUACUAAAAGCCUUAAAACUUCUAGAAGGGGGUAGUAAUAAUAAUGAAUUAUGUGCUUUCUCUGAUAUUGACACUUACAUUCAGCAUACAACAUCAUCACCGAAAUCGACAUCUGAAAUACUUCAUUUUGCAUCUCGGCAACAAAAUUCUCAAGGUGUAACUGUAAAUCAUGAGUCUGGAUUAUGUUCUACUUCCAGUAUGAUAGACAGUUGUCAUACAUUACCGUUGACGUCUGAUAGUAAUGCAACUGUAACUGAUGAUAAUAUCCACUCAACUAGUGAUCGAAAUGAUGUUAAUGGUGAUGACGACGUUGUUAUCAUCAGUGAGGAUGAAGAGGAUCCUAAUACAGAAUGUGAUUUGUCUACAAAUUCUACAAUAUCUUUAUCCUCUUACAUACAACCAAAAGAUAUGUCUUCAUCUAUUGAAUCAGACCAUCAGGAAUGCAACCAAUCAUCAACUGAGCCUGUCCAAAUGCAUAGCAAUACUUCAUUGUCAAAAUCAACUAAAUUAGUCAGUCGUAUUAAUAAGGUAAAUCAUAAAAAAUUGUAUGGAUACACAAAAAGUAUAGUUCUUCAUCUCAUCGUGAUGCUGCAUCACAUUCUAGUUCAUCCAGUGAACAUUUGAAUAUUUCUUCAUCACCUUCACAACAUCACAGUUGCCAUGAUCAUUAUCAUGCUGGUAGGUGUGAGGUGGUUGUUAGUCACGAUUUCUGUGAUAAACAACUUACUGGAACUCUUAGAAAAGAUGAUAACAAUAAAGUUGUUACUAAGGUAAAUUAUAGCAAUUAUCCAAUACUUAGCUUAGUUCCCUUGCAUGUGCGCAUAGCAUGCAAAUAAACUUUUUGUUUUUUUUUAAAGUUGAUAAUUAAGGCAUUUAGUUAAUUUGACAUCAGUACUAACUGAAAUCAUCAUCAUCAAGAAAGCUACUGAGGACUG